AAGUGCCGUUAAAAAAAAUAAAAACAUGGUCAGAAAUGCAAGUCCAUCCUCGGAGUGUGGGUUUUCUAACAAAGUGUCAACAACGUUCUGAUGCUUGAUUUGAAGUCAAGGUACACGAGAGCUCGUCGGACCUUCGGGUCAAGAACGCACGCUUUGCUGCUUGGGAGUUUUGGACUUGCACAUCACAGUCCGAGAAGCCAGACUCGAGAGACAGAGAAAAAGCGGAAGGAACACACGAGGCGGCUGAAAUCACAGCAAAGCAAAGAAAGCACUCGGAGCUUUGUCGGCGGCGGUGUUUACAAAAUAACCGGAUAAACGCAUUGUUCCCCUCCUGCCUGGAUGUUUCCGCUGCAGCCGAGCAAUGGUUUGGAGUGAGUUGCUCGAACAGGAUGGUCGCUCACCCGAAGUGUUUAUCUUCUUUUCUUAGCGUGUUCCCUCCUCAAAUGAAUUGGUGUUCGGCGACAGAGGACGGGUCGGCUACCUCGCUUUGACCCACUAACGUGCGCGUGUGUUUUAGCGUGUCACUAUCAACUGUGUUGUUUGGAAACCCCUUUAAUGGGGGUGUUUUAAAGCUUGUUCACACCCGGAGAACUUUUUAAGGAUGAAGAGGAGAAAAAUUCCGCGACUGUUUCCGAGUGACACCGCCGUCGUGUUGUGGAAGUAAACCCACGGGAAAAGGUGGUGUUACCCCUGAUUUCCCCCCCUCCCAGUGCUUAGCAUCUCUAUUCUGACUGAAUCGGAUGGCUGACACAGAAAAGUUAUGAAUUUGUCUGAUCGUGAAUGAGAAACAAGGGAGCGACUGUGUGGUAGCCGCUGCUUCCAGCCGGGUGGAAACCGGCUCGUGGACUCGUCACUUUAGGAUUGUAUUAGUAAGAUUCAGAGCGCAUUCGCGGUGGAGUAAAAAGCCGAAGAUAUGGAGGAAUGGAGACAAUGCGGGCGGUGGCUGAUAGACUGCAAGGUUUUGCCCCAGAACCACCGGGUUGUGUGGCCCUCAGCUGCCGUGUUCGAUCUAGCCCAAGCCUUGCGUGACGGGGUGCUCUUGUGCCAGAUGUUGCACAAUCUCUCCCCUGGAUCCGUGGACCUGAAGGAGAUCAAUUUCAGACCUCAGAUGUCACAGUUCCUGUGUUUGAAGAACAUCCGGACAUUCCUCAAGAUAUGCCAUGACAAAUUUGGCCUGCGGAACAGUGAGCUGUUUGACCCUUUUGACCUCUUUGACGUCAGAGACUUUGGCAAGGUGAUCUCUACACUGUCAAGAAUCUCCCACCACAGUAUUGCACAAAUCAAAGGAAUCAGACCUUUUCCCACAGAAGACACAGCUUUAAAUGAGGACGAUGUGUACCGGAGCCUUGAGGAGCUGGCAGAUGAGCAUGACCUGGGUGAGGAUGACAUCUACGACUGUGUCCCGUGUGACGACGAUGGCGAUGACAUAUACGAGGACAUCAUUAAGGUGGAAGUACGACAACCCAUGAAAAUGGGCAUGACAGAAGAUGACAAGAGGAAUUGCUGCUUAGUAGAGAUCCAGGAAACUGAGGCAAAGUAUUAUAAGACUCUAGAAGACAUAGAGAAGAACUACAUGAUCCCUUUGAGGCAACUUGUGAGUCCACAGGACAUGGAGGCCAUCUUUGUCAACCUCGAGGAUGUGAUCAAAGUACAUUUUGCCCUUCUUCGAGCCAUUGACCUCAACAUGGUCACCGGAGGAAACGGUUUGGGAAAGAUCUUUCUUGACUUCAAAGAACGGCUAUUGAUCUAUGGCCAGUACUGCAGCCACAUGGAGAAUGCACAGAAGACACUGGAUGAACUAAUAGCAACACGGGAGGAUGUGAAGAUCAAAGUAGAGGAAUGUACAAUGAAAGUGCAGGAAGGCAAGUUUAAGCUACAGGAUCUUCUGGUGGUUCCCAUGCAGAGGGUACUCAAGUAUCACCUUCUACUAAAGGAACUUUUGAGUCACUCAACAGACCGACCAGAGAGGCAACAACUAAAGGAGGCGCUCGAGGCUAUGCAGGAUUUGGCCAUGUACAUCAAUGAAGUAAAGAGGGACAACGAGACAUUGAAGAAAAUAAGUGAAUUCCAAAGCUCUAUUGAAAAUCUUCAGCAGGUAAAGCUGGAGGAGUAUGGGAGGCCAAAGAUAGACGGAGAGCUUAAGGUCUGCUCCAUCGUAAACCGUACUAAACAGGAUCGGUAUAUAUUCCUGUUUGAUAAAGUGGUCAUUGUGUGCAAGCGGAAAGGUUAUAGCUAUGAGCUCAAAGAGAUUAUUGAGCUACAGUCUUAUAAAAUGUCUGAUGACCCUAUGAACAACAGAGACAUGAAAAAGUCAAGUGGAAAAAUGUGGUCUUAUGGCUUCUACCUGAUCCACCUGCAAGGAAAGCAAGGCUUCCAGUUUUUUUGUAAAACGGAAGAGACAAAGAGGAAGUGGAUGGAACAGUUUGAAAUGGCCAUGUCCAACAUCAAACCAGAGAGAGCCACGGCUAACCAGCAUAACUUCCAAAUGCACACAUUUGAUAAGAACACUAAUUGUCGAGCCUGCAAGAUGCUACUGAGGGGCAUCUUCUAUCAGGGUUACUUCUGCUCUCGAUGUGGCACAGGCGCACACAAAGAGUGUUUGGAAGUGAUCACCAUCUGCAAAAUCAAUCCUCUAGACUUGGAACCAGGAAUGUCCCCUGGUCCCAAGAUGGUAGCAGUGAGAAACUACCAUGGUACACCAGCACCGCCAGGAAAGACGGCUCUCUCUUUUCAAACAGGAGACUACAUCGAGUUGUUAAAGGGGGACCCUGACACUGCGUGGUGGGAGGGACGGCUGAUACAAACACAAAAGAAUGGAUUCUUCCCCAGUUCCUGUGUUAAACCUUACCUGGACCCAAAGCCCUUCCAGUCGUUAUCCAGCCGGCAGUCAUCAAGGGACACAGACUACUAUGGCUUUCCUUGGUUUGCUGGGAACAUGGAGCGCCAGCAAGCUGACAACCUCUUAAAAUCCCACAGCAGCGGGACCUACCUCAUCAGAGAGAGGACGGCUGAAGCAGAGAGGUUUGCCAUCAGCAUCAAAUUUAAUGAUGAAGUGAAACACAUUAAAGUCAUUGAGAAAGACAGCUGGAUUCACAUCACCGAGGCCAAGAAGUUUGAGAGCCUUUUGGAGCUGGUGGAGUAUUAUCAGUCACAUUCGCUCAAAGAGAGUUUCAAGCUGCUAGAUACCACAUUGCGAUAUCCCUACAAGGCAAGAGAGCGCUCAUUAACACGUUCCAGCACCCGUUCACCAGCAGCCACCUGCGCAUCCUACAACUUCUCCUUCCUCAGUCCGCAGGGCAUGAACUUCUCCUCUCAGAGCUCAGCUCCCUUUUGGUCAGUGUUUACACCUCGCGUUGUGAGUACAGCGGUGGCCAGAUAUAACUUUGCGGCACGAGAUAUGAGAGAACUAUCACUGCGAGAAGGAGACGUCGUGAAAAUAUACAGCAAGAUCGGUGGGGACCAAGGCUGGUGGAAGGGCGAGGCCAAUGGACGGAUUGGAUGGUUUCCCUCUACCUAUGUAGAUGAAGAAGGAGUCCAAUAAGGGUUUGAUAUUGUCCACCUGGCACCCUUAGGAAAAAAGAAGAAAAAUAAUCAGGAACUAUCUUCAAUGCAUCUACUGAUCUCAGAGGAAAACACCUCACUCCCCCAGGAAAGAAACUUUUUUAAUGUUGUCGUCUAUGCUUUGGCUGGAUUGCAAGCACCUUUCCGACACGUGCCCCAUCUUCAAGGAUGCCUCAGCUUUGCUUGUUUUACACAAUUCCCUGUUUCAUUUCUGUACAGUUGAGAGGGAAAACGCCAAUUGCUGUGUGUUGGCCUCUAAAUGAAUUCAAGAGGCUUUAUUUAACAUGGCAAAAACAGACUGUGGAUAGCUUUACAAAAAAGAAAAAAAAAGAACAUGCGGACCUCUGAGAGGUGAAAUAAUUGUACAGUAUAGAUAAUUUAUUGAAUAGAGAUUAUUAUCAUGACUAUGGUUAUUGUGGGAAUUUAGCAAAAGAAAAUUUGGAAAAAAGAAAAAAAAAAAAACAUGGAGAGUCACGAAAACAGAUGCUGUUUUUUUUUCCACAUUGACAGAUUUUGCCUUAGUUGUCAUGGUGAUGCCUUGUGGGUUGACUCCAGUGGAGGGAAAAGACUUUGACUGGCUUGGCUUCUCAUGCAUGCAUGUGUCCAUGUGCGGCCCACACAAACACACACGAACACCAAUGUACAGUUCGGUGCCUUUAAAAAGACUGCUUUGAACCUCAACAUCAGCCAGUAAAGAACAAUUGCCAUCACAAAAGGACACUUGGUUCACAUUCAAAUUGAAAAACUACUGAAUGGGGGGCUCAAUCUUUCCGCUGAGUCACUGAAUGCGAUAACUUCUGAAUGGAGUUGAAGAAAUCAAGUCGAGAUUGAUUUUUGUAGCAAUCACAGUUCACAUCAAUUUUGUUGUUUACCAUCAGUGGGAUGUGAAAGGGAAACAGCACCACUGCAUCUGAGGUAUUUUUGUUCUGUUUUUAUAUAUUUUUUUUUUAUCCAUCUGAAUGAACAGUCUAUGCCGGUCAUGUUUUACUGUCUGCAUGGAAUUUUAUUUAUGUUGUACCCUGCCUUAUUGAUUUUCUUUUAAAAAAUGAUCAGGUGACCCAAUGUGUUCCCUACCAGUUGUCAUAUGUGAAAUUCUCUUUACUGGUGCUGUGCCAACUGGUGAAAAUUUAACUGCCAUAAAAGUGUGUGUGCGGUUGGGGGGAGCGUGCGUGUAUGGGACCAAGAUUAUGCCAGAGAAAGUUGGUGUUUCCAAAAAGAUGUUGUGUUCUUGAAAUAAAAAAACACUUUUGGUCUCUGCAAAAGUACUUUGCUUUUGCGCAAUGAAUUUGCAUACUGGCAAAAAGAUUUUGUGUGUGUAAAACAUUACAAAACCUUCACUAAAAGGGUGAUCUCUUUAAUGUAUGCGACACUGAAAACACAAUCUCAAACUAAAAGCGCAAAUGUUUUAAUGAGUACAAAUCUUGCCAUGGAAAAAACAUGCUCUAAACAGCCAACCGUAGCAUUGUUUUCAUUGACGUUUACAUUAGGAGUGGGAACCUCUUGGUACCUCACGAUACGAUACGAUUUGCGAUACAAAGCUCACGAUAACGAUGAUCUGACAAUAUGGCGAGAGAGCGAUUAUCGAUACAUUAGUCGGGAAAUCAUUCUAGGAUAUUCUACAAACAACUAAUAAACAGAAAAACAAGCUUCUGCUGUGAAUUGGAAUGAGUUUAUCAUGAGUAGACGUCCAAUCCAUUUGAACUGGGAGGGUGGCAGCGAAUGAACAUUCGUUCAUUCGCUGCCAUCCCUCCCACGUCAAACGGAUUGAACGUCUAUGGGCGUCAGUGGCUGCCAAUGCCAGGCAAUAAGGGUAAUUUUGGGCCAUUUAAGGUCAUUUACCUGUUGAUUUUCAGUUACUUCCUGUUGAUUUUGGGGUAUUUUAUGGGUCACUUCCUGUUUAUUUUGAGUUACAGAACAGGAAGUGACCUAGGAAUCACUCAAAUGAAUAGGCAGUGACUCAAACUCAACUGGAAAUGACCUGCAAAUGCCCUAAAAUUAACAGCAAGUGACCUGUAAAUGCCCUGAAAAUCUGACAGAAUGAUUGUGAAUGCUCUGGUUUCGAAUGAACGAACGUUCCUAGUCUAAAUGGAUUGGGCGUCAAGCACCGUCAAUACAGCCUUAGAGUUAACUGAGACACUAUUAUUAGGGUUGUUCCGAUCAUGUUUUUUUGCUCCCGAUCCGAUCGUUUUAGUUUGAGUAUCUGCCGAUCCCGAUAUUUCCCGAUCCGAUUGCUUUUUUUUUUGCUCCCGAUUCAAUUCCCAUCAUUCCCGAUAAUUUUUCCCGAUCAUAUACAUUUUGGCAAUGCAUUAAGAAAAAAAUGAAUAAAACUCAGACGAAUAUAUACAUUCAACAUACAGUACAUAAGUACUGUAUUUGUUUAUUAUGACAAUAAAUCCUCAAGAUGGCAUUUACAUUAUUAAUUCUUUCUGUGAGAGGGAUCCACGGAUAGAAAGACUUGUGACUUUGUAUAUUGUGACUAAAUAUUGCCAUCUAGUGUAUUUGUUGAGCUUUCAGUAAAUGAUACAGAAGGCCAUGCCCAAAUGCAUGAUGGGAAGUGGAACCAUGACAAGUGGAACCAUGACUGUGCGUAGUGCUACCAAUUCAUAUAUCUUCUCUGCAAUGGGAUAUAACAUAAGGUGUUAAGAAAAAGAUCAAUUGCUACCUUGCUUCCCAUGAUAUUUCUAAUUGUAGGGAGAGGGAUUGUAAGGCUUUAGCCAAUUAAAAUAAGGCUCCAAAGGCUGCCAAAAUUCACUCUACUCAUUUUACGCUGCCUUUUAGCGCUCUAUAUAGGUAAAACAGUGCCAUUAUAGAUGGAGCGCGACAAUGCGUGAGUGGGUCGUGCAGCGCAUGGAUUAAUUGCGUUAAAUAGUUUAAUGUGAUACAUUUUUUUAAAAAUUAAUUACCGCAGUUAUUGGGAUAAAUUUGUUAACCCUACCUUAAGCCUAAACUAAAGACUCUGGAUAAGUGUAACAUAUUAUGUCUGUAACGUUAAAUACAAUUAGAAAACGAUUUAAAAAAAAAAUAUAUAUAUAUAUAUAUACAUAUGUAUAUAUUAAGAAAUGGCAUGGCCGAUAUUUUUUUGCCAAUUCCGAUACUUUGAAAAUGACGUGAUUGGACCCGAUCGAUCGGGACAUCUCUAGCUAUUGUGGUGGAAGAUUUUGGUAGCAACUUGCUUGUUCCCUUUUUUUUUUUUUUUAAGACAUUGACACCUUUUUAAAACGCUAUCUCGAUUCUUGGCAGGAGCAUAUCGAUAACCUUUUGGGAUACAAAGUAUCAUGAUAUAUCACCAUUUCGAUAUUUUGUCACACCCCUAGUAUCAAUUAUUGUGGCACAUUUUUAUGUUUUUUUUUUGUUGCAGUUUUGCAACCACAUAUUUCACAUUACGCAAAAUCUUGCAAGCACAGACUUUUUCUGGCGUGGUCUUAAUCCCAGAUGCAUGUGUGUAUCAUGUUUGUGCCUGUACAGUGAAGAAAAUAAGUAUUGGAACACCAUGCUAUUUUGCAAGUUCUCCCACUUUGAAAUCAUGGAGGGGUCUGAAAUUUUCAUCGUCAGUGCAUGUCCAUUAAGAGAGAGACAAUCUAAAAAAAAAAACAGAAAUCACAAUGCAUGAUUUUUUAACAAUUUAUUUGUGUGAUACAGCUGCAAAAAAGUGUUUGAGCACCUGAGAAAACAAAUGUUAAUAUUUAAUACAGUAUCCUUUGUUUGCAAUUACAGUGGUCAAACGUUUCCUGUAGUUUUUCACCAGGUUUGCACACACUGCAGAAGGGAUCUUGGCCCACCCAUCAGUCAGGUUUCUGGGCUGUCACUGAGAAACACUGAGUUUGAGCUCCCUCCAAAGGCUUUCUAUUGGGUUGAGGUCUGGAGACCGGCUAGGCCAUGCUAGAACCUUGUUAUGCUUCAUAGCCACUCCUUGGUUUUCCUGACUGUGUGCUUCGGGUCAUUGUCAUGUUGGAAGACCCAGGCACGACCCAUCUUCAAUGCUCUGACUGAAGGAGGUUGUUCCUCAAAAUCUCACAAUACUGGGCCCCAGUCAUCCUCUCUUUAAUACAGUGCACUCGUCCUGUCCCAUGCGCAGAAAAACAGCCCCAAAGCAUGAUGCUACUACCCCCAUGCAUCACAGUAGGGAUGGUGUUCUUGAGAUAGUACUCAUCAUUCUUCCUCCAAACACGGUUAGUGGAAUUAUGACCGAAAACUUCUAUUUUACUCUCGUCUGAUCACAAAACUUGCUCCCAUGACUCCUCUGCAUCAUCCAAAUGGUCAUAGGCAAACUUAAGACGGGCCUUGACAUGGGCUGUUUUUUUUUUUUUUUUUUUAAAUAGGGGAAUGCAUGAUUUCAAACCAUGACGUUUAGUGUAUUACCAACAGUAACAUUGGAAACGGUGGUCCCAGCUUUUUGGGUCAAUUACCAACUCCUGUCAUGCAGUUCUGGGCUGAUUCCUCAUCUUUCUUAGGAUCAUUAAGACCCCACAAGGUGAUAUUUUACAUGGGAUUCCACUCCGGUUGAGAUUGACCGUCCAUUUUCUAAUGAUUGCUCCAACAGUUGACCUUUUUUCAUCAAGCUGCUUGGCAUUUGCUCCGUAGUCCUUUCCAGCCUUGUGGAGGUGAACAAUUUUGUCUCUGGUGUCUUUUGACAGCUCUUUGGUCGUGACCAUGUUACAAGUUUGAGUCUUACUGAUUGUAUAAGGUCAACAGGUGUCUUUAUGCUGCCAUCGACCUCUAACAAGUAUAUCUUAUUCAGGAUUGUACUUGGAGUGGAGGUGGACUUUUAAUAGGCCAACUAACAGGUCUUUUAGGGUCAGAAUUCUAGCUGAUAAACAGGUUUUCAAGUACUUUUUUUUUGCAGCUGUAGCAAACAGAUAAAUUGUUAAAAAAUCAUUAAUUGUGAUUUCUGGAUUUUUCUUUUUAGAUUAUCUCUCUCACAGCGGACAUGCACCGAAGAUGAAAAUUUCAGACCCCUCCAGGAUUUCUAAGUGGGAGAACUUGCGAAAUAGCAGGGUGUUUAAAUACUUAUUUUCUUUACUGUUUGUCCGUGUUUCAAUUUACCUUUAGUCAAUGGUUAAAUCAUCAUCACUCUGGAUAAAUCUACGUCCAUGUAGACUGUACAAUAAAUGUCAUGAAUGUCCAGAAAUAUUGGGCCAUCGAAACAGUUUUUAUCUUUUUGGCCCUAAACUCCACCACAAUAUACUUUAAAUGAAAUUAAUGAAGGUGUGGUUAACUACAGACUUUCAUGUAUAAUAUGAGGGUCUUAACAUCCAAUAAAGAUGAAUGUUGUAAGAGUUACAACAGUUUGUACCUGUACAUUGUAUGUGACUGACACUUCCCUAAAGUCGGGUGUUCCAUGGCCAGGUGGUCAUGUAUGGCUGCCAAUGGAUCUUGUACCCUUGUACAGUAUAUUCAUAAUUUGACUUCUGAAAAAUUCAAGAUAAAAUCUGUAGUGUUUUGGGACAUAUCUUCUCAUAUUCGUUCCAAACACGUUUGAUGGCACAUCAAUUAGAUUGCAGAUGGAUAAUGACCGGAAGUAUACCGUGAAAAUAUUCAGAGGUUUUAAGGCAAAUAAGUGUAAUAUUAUGCAGUGGCCAAAUCAAUCACUUGGCCUGAAUCUGAUUGAAUAUGCAAAUAACCCGUAAAAGAUAAAAGUACAGGGAAAUGUACAGAAACUUAGAAUAAAAAGGCCUGGCAGUUGCAUCACUAGGACUAAAACUCAAUGUCUGAUAUCCAAGGAUUGCAGACUUAAGAUAUUUUCACACUAGCACAAGCACUGUUUGAAAGUGUCUCUUAGCAAAGCGCAAAUAAGAUGGUGUCCUGUUCGCUAGCAGGACCAAAUUUGGAAGUGCUGACGUAGAAGUAUUUCAGGAAGUAAACAGAAAGGCUUUUUGACUGCCUUCCAAAGGGAUGUAUUUUUCAUUGUUGCACAAAAAAAGCCAAACCAUUGCUCAUUUUAAGGAGGAAGGGGAGAUUAUAGUAGCCAUUAAAAAGGGUUCUUCUAGUUUCGGCAGGAACAUAAAGGUUUAUUAACGUUUAGGAGUCACGGAAACUGGUUCGAGAUGUCAUUUAGGCUGAGUGGGGAGAAGUUUGAAAAGACCUUUUUGAGUCUCCCAAAGCUUGGGACAUCCUAAGAAGGCAUAUUCAUUAAAGCUACUGCUGAUGUCUUUAUUCCCCCACUUGUGAAUAUCUCUGCCGGAAUAGCACAAUAUCUCUCCACCAGGCACUCUUAUUGGAGGGGCUUUCUGAUGUCAGAAGUGGAACGUUUCUAUUUGUGGUCGCUCUCCUUGGUGAAAAGUUGCUGCGCUGUCCAAAACACACAGCAAUGCUCUUUAUUCUGAUGUAAAUAGGCCUGGAAAGGCUGUAAUUGACUGCAAAAGAGUAAAGAAAAUGUGUGAUUGAUAAUUUUUCAUUACCUAUGGUCCUUUAAAAGGUGGGAGACAUGUUUACAAAUUGUUGUAAUUCCUAAAAUGUCAAGUAAAAAUGUAAAGGCUGCAGUUAACGCACAUCUUGUUCAUACAAUUUCACAUCCAUUGUGGUGGCGUUUAGAGCCAAUUUGAUGAGAAAUUUUGUUGACGUUCCAAUAUCAAUGGAAUCACAUGGUUUGGUUUUCUAUUAAAACUUAUUCACACAUUUUAAUAUUUAUUUACAUUUUUCACUCAAUUACUGCAUUUCAAUUAGGGUGAUUUAGAAAAUUGUCCAUUUCAUUUCAGAGUUUCUCUUACAUGGCCUAUCACUUUGUCUCUCAUCGACUCUACACGAGUGUCUUGUUUGAAUUUGAAAAUGUAAUAUAUAAAUAGGAAAACAAAAAAAUCAAUGCCAAGAUCAAAGCUGACAUCAUUUACUGUGUACGCAGUUCAUUCAAAUAUUGGUAUGAGCAAGACAAAAAAAAAAACUAAAGUUUUUUUUUUUUUUUUUUUUU